AUGGGUACGGCAGAUCAAAUCAAGAAGGAGCACAUGACCUGCAUGCAUGUGCUUUGGACAGCUCAAGGACACUUCCUUGUGGAGAACUCCGAUGCUUCCACCAUCAAUAGGAACACAGGGAUGUUUUGGGCCCUUUUACAGUGCAGUCUGUUGGUUACCUCAGUGCUGGGAACACUCAGCUUCCUGGCUCUGAGAAAGACUCUUCCACCAGAGGAGGAGAUGCUCAAUGAGGAGGAAAGCCAGCCUUUGCUCUCAUCUCGCAUGAUGUAUAAGCAAAGAGCGGCAGUACAAGAUGCAAAGUCAGAAUUCAAGACAAUCCUACAACUGCUCAAAACCAAAAUCAUAUUGCUUCUGAGCUGUUGCAUGGCAUACAGUGGUCUGGAGCUAUCUUUCUACAGUGGUGUGUAUGGGACAUGUAUCGGGGCAACAACAGAGUUUGGAGCGGCAGCUAAAGGUUUGAUUGGGAUCUCUGGAAUCGUGGUGGGGAUUGGAGAGAUAGUUGGUGGAGGAGUCUUUGGACUAGUAUGCAAGAAUAACCGCUUCAGACGGACAUCUUUGGUCUUCCUGGGGAUGGUCGUCUUCCUGGGGAUGGUCGUCUUCCUGGGGAUGGUCGUCUUCCUGGGGAUGGUCGUCUUCCUGGGGAUGGUCGUCUUCCUGGGGAUGGUCGUCUUCCUGGGGAUGGUCGUCUUCCUGGUGAUGGUCGUACACUACCGUUCAAAAGUUUUUGAACACCUACUCAUUCUUUUUUAUUUUAAUUUUGACUAUUUUCGACAUUGUAGAAUAAUAGUGAAGGUAUCACAACUAUGAAAUAACACAUAUGGAAUCAUGUAAAAAAGAAACUUCCCUUUUUCAGGACCUUAUCUUUCAAAGAUAAUUUGUAAAAAUGCAAAUAACUUCA